AUGGGGUCUGCUUACAAUCCUUCCGCCUACUACAAUUCACAGCACCACCAGCAGCAGCAGCAGCAACCGCCGCAGCAGCCGUCGGCUGGUUCCCAGGCGAACACCCGACAGUUUCUGAACGGAAUUUUGGAGCAGAGAGGUCCGGGGGCUUUGCCUUAUAACGAGGGCGACAAGUGGCUUAUCCGCGAACAGCUGGCGUUCACUACUCAGACCUUCUCUGGUCUGCAGGUCCGUCCCGCCACGUUCACGCACAACGACGGGCGACAGGUGCAGCUAUUGCAGCUCGAAGGCACCAUACCUAUGUGGUACAAGGAGGUUAAGUACAAUAUCCCCAUCACCAUGUGGCUACUCGAGCAGUUCCCGCGCGCCGCUCCCCUCGUUUAUGUCACGCCCACGCGGGAUAUGAUCAUACGGCCGAAUCACUCGCACGUGAACGCCUCGGGAUUGGUCGACGUGCCGUUUCUGCGCGAGUGGGUGUACCAGCGCUCGACUGUAGUCGACCUGUUGCAAGUUUUGUCGGUCAUGUUCGGGCAGGAGCCGCCGCUGUACUCCCGCCAGCCCGCGCAUGCGGCGGCUGCGACGCAGGCGCGCCCGCCAGGUGCGCGGACCGGCGGCCCUGGCGGAGGAGAUGUCCGCGCACAGCAGCAGCAUCACCAACAACCGCAACACCAUCAGCAACAGAUGUCACCUACUCCACAAGUGUUUUCCGGCGGUGCUGCCCCCGCCCCCUUAUCCCCGGCCUUCCAGGGCACUAAUCCCAUGCACAUGCACGGUCCCCCUUCCUCGGGUUUAGAUGGUGCGCGGAUUGGGCCAGCAGGGCCGGGCGGGAGAGAGAGAGGCAUCAGCGGAAGCGGCAGUGGUGGUGGUGGAGGGGGAGUGGUGGGAGGAGGGGUCGGUGCGUACGCGCAGCAGCAGCAGCAUCAGCAGCAGCAACAUCAGCAACAGCAGCAACAGCAACAGCAACAGCAGCAGCAGCAGUACGGGCAGUAUAAGGGAACGUUUGCACGGUCUGGUGCUGCCCCGACAGGAGGCGCAGCAGCAGGCGCAGCAGGAGCAGCGCCGACAGCAGGAGGCACAGGGGGAGCGGGAGGCGCGGCGGUAAGAAGCGCGUCCGGACAGGGAGCAGGCGCAGGAGGCGCUGGAGCAGCAGCAGCAGCAGGGGCGGCCGCGGCGGCGGCGGCGGCAGGGAGAGCAGAAUCUGGGAAGAGCAAGGGCGAGGAGGCGAAGGAGGUGUUUAGAAAGGCGGCUGUUAUAUCCCUGUCGGUGCAGCUGAGCGCGGACGUGAGUGAGAGCUUGCAGACGGCGAAUCGGCUGAUGGAGGAGCAGCUGGGGCUGCAGCAGAUGCUGGGCGCGCGCAAGGAGCAGGCCAGCGGGGUGGUGAGGGAGCUCGAGCGGGAGAAGCAGGCGCUGGAGGAGUCGCUGCAGGUGAGAGGGAGGGAGUUUGGGGUGGUUGGGAACGGUGCUGCAGCUGGAGGGGCCGGUGGUAAGCCCUGCGAUUCUCUCUCGGCUCAGCUGCUCAAGCACACGGCAGCAGACCUAGCUAUAGAAGACGUGCUUUACUCCCUAGACCGGGCCCUUCAGGAGGAGCGGGGGCACGAUGAGUACGACCCUUCAUCUGCCAACUCGCGCCGGCGAAUCCUGACCGUUGAUGCGUACCUGAGGCAUGUGAGGAUCUUGGCCAAGGAGCAGUUCCUGCAGCGGGCAACGGCGCUGAAAGUGCAAGCAGUGCAGAGGAUUUUCUCCCUGUCGCCUUUCCCAUCGUCGUCCUCGUCGACGGUUGCUCUCUCCCUGAAAUGCCCGCCUCCUAACGCCUUUCUUCUCUCCCCUCCCAUCGCCUGCUCGCUCUCCCUCCCGUCGCCUUCUUCUCUCCCCUUGGUCGCCUGCUCGCUCUCCCUCCCGUCACCUUCUUCUCUCCCCUCCCGUCGCCUUCGCGCUCUCUCCCCCGUUGCCUUGGCGAUCUCCCUCCCGUCGACUGCGCGCUCUCCCUCCCGUCGCCUUCGCGCUCUCUCCCUCGUGGCCUUCUCGCUCUCCGUCCCAUCGCAUGGGCGCUCUCCCUCCCGUCGCCCUUGCAAUUUCCCCUCUCUUCCCGUCGCCCACUUCAUCUCCUAUCGCUCACGUCCUCCCUUCCCGUCGGCAUCGCGCUCACGUUCCUCCCUCCACUCGACAUCGCCCUCACGUCCUCCCGUCCCACCCCAUCGUUCGCCUCCUCUCUCCCAUCCCGUCGUUCACCUCUUCUCCCCUCCCACCCCAUCGUUCGCUUCCUCUCCCCUCCCAUCCCGUCGUUCGCCUCCUCUCCCCUCCCAUCCCGUCGUUCCUCCUCUCUCCCCUUUCUUCCCGUCGCUUUUGCACUCUCCCCUCCCAUCCGCUGGUUAUUACCUUGCCAAACUUAUUUUCUCCACCCUUUUUUUUUAA